UAUUAACAAUAUGGAGUUCCAUUCCGAAGGUGGGUUAGAGCUGUUAUCGAGAUUUAGUGAGAAAUCACGUUCGAUUAACCUCGACGACGUACUUUUCUCAAGUGAUAUCGACAACAAAAGCAUCAUAGAGAUCAUCGGGGCUUCAUCCACUGGAAAGACUGUAUUAUUGUGCCAGUUCAUAGCAAAAUGUAUAUUACCCGCGCGAUAUAAGGAGAUCAAGAUCAACGGAUGCGAUGCCUGUGCGAUACUGAUCAACACACUUGGCCAUGUGCAGAUAAGUAAGAUAGUUGAACUAAUGACUUCCAUGGUAUGCAACGCAUAUCAGGUAGCUGAUGUACAACCGCUAGCCGAAACGGUAGACUACAUAAUAAACAGAUCUCUGGAAAACUUGACAGUGAUCAGCUGUUGUAACAACGGUGAACUUCAGCUGAUUCUAUACACACUUGAAGAUGAGCUUCUCAGCAAUGAAAGAAUCACUUUGUUAGCUAUAGAUAAUAUACUAGCGUAUUAUUGGCAGGCGAGAAAAGAGAAUAUACUUACUAUGAAUUAUUAUGCUACAAGCUUACUCAAAAUUAUUCGAUCCCAAACAUCUCAGUUUCACACUGUGACAGUUUACACUAGAUGGGAUGGACCCAAAUACGAAUCACAUGCGAAAUGUACAGAUAUAUUAAAGAGAACAGGUGUAAAUUAUAGGCUGCAGCUAAGUCUUAGUACUAAAGUUCAUAAGUUUAUGUGUCAUGUACAAUCCACUAAUGAUGUAAAACAGAUUUGUUAUACAAUAUCUGAUUCUGGUAUAAAAUGGAUGCAAUAAUAUUUCAAUAAUUAAUCGAUGAGAGAAGAACCUUGUCCACUAUAUCUAAUGGAUUUAAUA